UUCCUUGUUCUCCUGUGAAAAACUUUCACGGAAGCGACAAGUCCGAACAGCGACUUUACUCCGCCAACGAGCCGUGCCAACGUUAAAUGUCGGCGCGAGACAAGUAGUUCCUAAAGUAACGCUCAGAGCUGACGGACGGUUUGCAGCCAUGGCUGACAGCCGGGAAGAGGAGAGAAAAGAAGGAGACCAGGAGCUUAAGGGCGCCGGGGGUGGGGAAGAUGUCAUUGAUGAUGCCAUCCUGGAGCAAGGGGCAGUGGUCCUCAGAGGAUACGUGAUUGAACGCAUAAACACACAGGACCCUGGUCGACAAGUCCGCUCUGAGGAUCUGGGAGGACGGCCCAAUGAACAACAGGAUCCACAAAUCAAAGAAGUGGUGGAACAGCUUCUCAAGAUUGCAGAUGAUAUGAACAGGAAUGCUGAACUUCAACUAUUGAUCAACCAGGUUCAAGGUAACUGUGCUCGGGACAUCUUCAUGAAGGUGGCCAGGAGUAUCUUUGCUGAUGGAAUCAACUGGGGUAGAGUUGUGGCUCUCUUCCAUCUGGCCUACAGACUCAUAUACAAGGCACUGACCACCAACCAUUUAGAGAACAUCAGAAUAGUCAUCAGUUGGGUUCUCGAGGUCAUCAGAGAGCAGCUUUACUCCUGGCUAGUACAACAAGGAGGCUGGGAGGGGGUGAUCAGUGGCUUUUCUCGGUGGAGAACAGUAGCAAUAGUAGCCUCGGUUGUACUGGUGGCAACCAUUGUUUACUACAGGAAGACACGCUGAGACUAUCAGACCUCAAAAUCUUCCACCCUGGGCUGCAGUCCCAUCUCUUGGAUGGAUGCAGAGUGUUAACAAAAACACGUUCUAAACAUGAAUAACAACCACUCCUUAACCUCCGAUUCAUCCGCUGUCAGCGGAUGAUGGUUAUUAACAUUGGACAUAAGAGUAAAUAUCAUUAAUCAGACCUGACUCUACCUAGAAAAGGUCUCAGGUCCAUUCUUUAUGGUUAGUUUUGGGUGGAAUCCACCUUGAGUUUCUGCGAGUCUUGGGUUCUGAGGAAAAUUUGGACUGGUCCUGAAGACCUGAAAAAGCUAAAUAUAUUGCGUCGUAAUCAAGCCGAUCUAAAGUCCACCAAGACAGAAUUGAUUGUACUGUAAUCCCUUCAAGUCAAUGAUUGAAAUUUUAAUGAUGUAUUACAGGCUUCUUUUCACUUAAGUAAAUAGGCCUUGUCAAGCUCAGGUAGUCAGUGGAGCAACGGCUUGGGACAACCCCUUAAAUAGAAAGGAUUUGCUAAAUUACUUAGAUUAUAGUUCACACUAAUGUUUUUUAGUUUUUUUAAUAUAAUAUCCUUGAUAAUAAUCGUUGUUUGCAUUUUCUUGAUGUAGAAACAGCCAUGAGUUUGAAGAUCUUCAAUGUAUUUCAUGAACUUGAUGAAUGAUUCUCAGCGCCUCAUUGUUGCAGUAGACCUUUUUUUCACAGCAGACAUAUUGGAAUGUCGUAGCAUAAAAAAUAACUAUGAUGGAUUUUUACCAUUUUUUUGACCAAAUCAAUGCCCCUUGCCUCAUAAAUGGAACAUGGCCAUUAUUAAUUUUGUUAGUUGGACUUCUCAUUAUGAGUCAAAUUUCCUAAGAAAAAAAAGGCAAUUUCCAACAACACUGUCUUUGUUGCUGGAAUAAUCUAAUACUAUUAUCUGUAGUGACACAAUUUAAAAUGCACUUGGUGUUUCUGCAGAGUGAGAUCAUCUCAUUUAAGCUCAGUUGUGGGAUGUUUCACUGAAGUAUGUCUCUUUUUUUUCACCUCAAGCUUUUUGUACACUGAAUCUUUAUUUAAAAAAAGAAGGGAGCUUUAAACAAGUAAUGUCUACUGAUAAGUCAUGUGCUUCCUUUAACAGUCUAAUUUAUCUUAUCUAUGUCCAAAGCUGUGGAGGCAGGAUGUGAUGAAGUUUGCCCUGUUUCUGACAGACAUUUUCACUUUAUUCCUGUGGUUGAUUAUGAGUCCCUUGGUUAUCUAUUGUCUGUGGUCAGGUGACUGACUGUCACUGUAUUGUGAAUACAUCUGAAUUAUCAAGGGUGACUCUCUAAAACUGUUGAGUCAUGUUUUCUGCAAAAAAAAUAUUCUGUCAGUAGGUAUGAAGUGUUAAGUUGCUAAUCUCUGUUACUUUUGCCUUUCUAUGGCCAUUUCAAAUUUGCAUGUGAAUGUUGAUCACUCAACACAAAUAGGUCAGGUGCAUCAGUAUAAUAUAGUAAUCUGACUGAUGAACUAGAAAGUGCUGUGUACAGGGGUUAGAGGAUGUGUAUCCCACCGUAAUGCAGUGCCUUACCAAUGGAACAAAGAAGUCAGUGAUGCCACCCAAUUAAAAUAUAAAAAAACAAGAGCCAUAUGAUAAAGAACAAACUUCAACUUUAAACUACUGAUAGAAAACAGAGAAACCACAAUAACUGUUGAAUAAAUGUUAAAAUGUCUGAUGUGCAUAACACUCCUUUGUUGAUUGACAUCUAAUAGUUCUCUCCUUCAUUUGUCAAAAUAAAGAGUCAAUGUUUUUUUCCCCCACUUCUCACCCACUGUGAAUGUUUAUACUCAGGCAAACAAUCUGAAAAAGCUCAUGUGGAUCCAGUCUCUUCUUUUGUCACAUGUGAGCAGUAUUUUCAGAUGUCUCAUUAUUGAGCCCUGAGCUGGGAUGGUUAAUUGUUGCUCAUUGUAAAAGUUGUAUUACAAUAUUGCAGGUCAGUACUCCUCCAGCAUCACAGCCAAUUUUUACGUAAGAUACAGUAGCAGUGGAAGAACUAAUUUGUUGGUAAAGUAAUUUUUGAAAGCUUUGCUUCAGACGUACUGCAGUGUGUGAGGGUUAGAAUAGCUUUAUAUGAGAGCAGACCAAGUUGCUGUUAUUAAGUACACAUAAGUUUAUGUCAAAUAUUUUGAAUACCAAGUUGUGCAAGGGUAUGACAUAAUUUAUCUGCUAUCCUAUGAUGCUUUUCGAUAUAGCUGGUGAUAAUUUUGAUUAAACUUUAAACUGGUGAUAACCCUUUUGAAUGGACUGUAUUUUUGUAAAUAUAUUUUAAAUGAAUUAUGCCACUCAGGGUAUGGGAAUGUGGUAAGUCAUAAGAAGCUGUAUGUGGAAGUCAUGGAGCUGUCGAUCUUGAUGUAGAUGUAUGUUUAAAUAAAAUCAGAAGUUCUUGUCAUUAAA